AAUAGGCUUCUAUAUAAGAAAAAGCUUCAAAUAUCAGGACUGUCCCUAUAAAAUCGGGACAUCUGGUCACCCUACGUCCCAGAAACCUUAAUAUCUACAUAAACGAAAGCCAAAAGCUGGGUGCAAGGAGGAGGUUGGAGGAGCACAUGGUAACAGUUAAAGGAUAACAGUAAGUGUAAUAAACAGUGGUCACAGCACACCAGCUGACUAGCCUGUUAAAAUCAAGUGUUUUGUGGGCUCUCUGGCAGAGGUGAAUUUUAAGGAGAGGACUCAGUCCCAGUCGCAUGACCUGCAGCAAAGGCAAGUUCCAAUAUACAGUGUACUAACUAUAUCAGUCCCAGUGACACAUCCUGCAACAACAUUAGGUGUUAGCUCCAUUCCAGAGAUGCAGCAAAACCCAGUGCUCUAUCUUGAUCCUGAUAACACAACCCACAGCAAAGCCAAGUUCCCCAGCAUGCAAUGCAUCCUCUCUCUCACAGCACCACAGCCCAUAUCUAUUUAUUUAGGUGCAUAUACUGUGGCUAAGAGACUUCAAGCUCCCAGUAUACAAUUUGCCACAUCAAUAUGAGCAGUAUGGUGACUGGAGACAACAGAUAGUGGCACAUAUGGGGGGUAUGGAUCAGCAUUCAUGUCCGGCUCCCCAUCUGUGCCUAGCCCAGGCUGGAGAAGCUAAUGAUCCAACCAUCGUGCCAGCGAAUGCACAUUGCACAUAUGCUUAGAAGUGGCACAUAUUCCACCUCACCUCAUCUGCCUUUCCUGAAGAGCACAGAAGUCAGGGGGAUGAAGAAAUGUUUUUUACAGGAGGCUUGAGAUCUCUUCUUCCCCUUGCAGUCAGAAGUCUAAUUCGAUUCAACAAACUCAAUAUAAGUAAUACUUCUGGAAUGGCUAAGGGCUAUAAACUGGCAAAUGUUGUGAUUUUGCACAAAUCCCUUGCUGAUGACUUUGAAAAGUUUUGCCAUGCAAAUGAUGGACCUCUCCCACUGCUGUACAGAAGUAAACCAGGUGAAUGGAAAUGUCCUUCUCUGAGCAGCAAUUCUGAUAUCAGAACUGAUUGCCAACAAUACAGGAUAUAUGAGUAUGGAGCUUGUACUGGCACUUCGACAAGCCUAAAGGAUUAUUUUGAUCAGCUUAAAGACAUGGUGACUUUUUACUUAGGCUGCAGCUUCUCAUUUGAAAAGGCAGCCCACAAGGUUGGUGUUCCUCUAAGGAACGUUGAGCAGAAAUGCAACGUAAGCAUGUACAAGACAGAUAUGCCUUGUUGCAGAGUUGCUAGUUUUUGCUGCAAUUUAGUGGUCACAAUGAGACCAAUUCCUGAAGACCAGUUAGAAGCAGUUGUGGAAGCUUCUUGCCCAUUGAAAGACUCACAUGGAGCACCAGUUCACAUUGGUAACCCUGGCCUAUUAGGAAUCCAAAACCUUUCCAGACCAGACUAUGGAGAUCCAGUUCAGCCUCACCCUCAGGAUGUUCCAGUGUUUUGGGCCUGUGGAGUAACAGGGGUGGAAGCAGUCAGCAACUGCAAGUCUCCGCUGGCUUUUACACAUUCUCCUGGGUGCAUGUUUAUUACUGCCCUGAAGAAUGAAGAUGCUCCAGUUCAUAACUCUAAAGAAAUCCCCACGGUCCACUGCAUUUCUCAAAAUCCUUUGCAUUAUAGCAUUGCAUCAGAAACAGCUGUGCAAAAGAUAAGAGAGCUAGAAAGUCUAAUUGGAGUAGAUCCAGGAGACCGGGGUGUGAAACAUUUGUGCUGCCAGGAUGAGCUGCUAAAGACUUGCCUCUCCCUUUCACAUGCCCGAUCAGUGCUGAUAACCACUGGAUUUCCUACUCACUUCAACCAUGAGCCACCUGAAGAGAAUGAUGGACCUCCAGGAGCCAUUGCUAUGGCAGCCAUGUUGCAGAGCUUGGAGAAAGAUGUUGUUAUAGUAACAGACCAGAGAGCCAUGGGUUUGAAUAAAAAGAUUAUUGAGGAUUGUGUUCAGCAAGGGGUACUGAAGACACCAGUGCCUCUAUUGAGUUAUCAGGGAGAUGCUGCAGAGUCAGCUUUGAUGUUUUUGUGUGAGAAUGGGAAUCUUGAAAGACCCAGAUUUGAUCACCUGAUAGCAAUAGAACGUGCAGGGAUGGCUGCUGAUGGCAAUUAUUACAAUGCAAGGAAAGUCAAUAUUAAGCAUCUAGUGGAUCCCAUAGAUGAACUGUUUCUAGCUGCACAUAACAUCCCUGGAGUCACAACAACAGGCAUUGGGGAUGGAGGAAAUGAACUGGGAAUGGGAAAAGUAAAAGAAGCUAUAAGGAAACACAUAAAAAAUGGAGAUGUUAUAGCUUGUGACGUUGAAGCUGAUUUCGCUAUUGUAGCCGGGGUAUCUAACUGGGGAGGCUAUGCUGUUGCUUGUGCUCUGUAUAUCCUCAACACCUGUGAAAUACAUGAUCGCUAUCUGAGGAAAGCUAUUGGGUUCCCCAGAUUGUCCAAGAAGGCAAACUGGGCAUCAGCACUUCCAUCCAUUACUAAGGAAGAAAAGUUGCUGAAAACACUUAUACAGCAUGGAGUCCGUAGUGGAGUAACUGCCAGUCUCGAAAUGGAAGUGGAUGGACUGCCCUUCUACAACAUACACUCAGUUAUAAUUGAAAAACUGCUGGAGCAGAUACCAUGAUGACUUUUCCCUAACCAUUUCUAAACUCUAAAGUUUCUAUUAGAUUCUCUCUCCACCCCAAUCUAACAACAAGGUAUGGAAGACCAGAAAAGGCUUGUUCUAUAUAUGUAGGUACUUAUAUGGUUGUAGCAGGGCGGACUCAGCCCUGCAGCACCUCCUGCUGGUCUCUUAGGGAAUUAGCUCGAUUUCCAGCCCAGAGCGCCCUCUGCAGUCUGGUGAUCCACUACCGCUUGGCCCCCAUUUUCCUCCCUGGACUCCGGUGCCCCGUUAGCUGAGGUGCUGCCCCCUGGCAGUAACCCCUUUCUCUCAGGGUCUCCCCUCCCCAGGAAACCCCCACCCACUAUCCCCACCUCACCUCAGUAUAA